GCGUAUUACUGACUGGCCUGCUGUGUAGAAUCCAGGCCACUGACAGUAGGUAACAGCCCAGCUGAGGUUAAUUGAAGUCUCAUCCCAGACUCUGCUUGUUCAUGGGAGUCACCAUGUUCUGGUUCUUGAUCCUGAAGAGCCUCCUUGCUGCCUAUAUCAUCUCUCAUUUAUCUGUCAGCUCUGUGGAGAGUUAUGCUUGUAUACAAAAAGCAUGCACUGAUAAAAAAUACGAUCCUAAUCCAAACACUUGUGAAUCCUCUAAAGGUUGUUUCUUCCAACGGCAGGAAUUUGAAGACCCAACACUUCACACAACUGAGCAGAGAGGCUGUUCUGCAGACACUUGUACUGAACUAGCAUUCUCCGCAACACUGGGGAGGUGUUUGGCAUUUAGAUAUGACCGUCGCUGCUGCUUCACUGAACAGUGUAACAAAGAGCCCAUUAAAGUGUCUCCAUUAUCUUCAGAACCCAAUGGUGUUGAAUGUCCUGCCUGCUACAGUGGACGUGGCUCCGUAUGUAAACCAGUUUCCCUGAAGUGCACAGGGGCGGAGACGAUGUGUGUUAAUGUUACUGGCAGAGGUAUGAUUAUUUCCUCCAAUAUACAAGCCAUGGGCUGUGCGACCAGGACUGCCUGCAACCUGAAGAACAUGAUCAUCAUGGACAAUAUUAAAAUCAAUACCUCCUGUGUCAACGGGAACCCUCCGCUCAGCUUUCAGUGA